CCUCUCUCGAUCUUUCUCCUCCCUUUUCUCUCAUCGUCAGUCAUCCUUCACCAUGAGUCGCCCCGAUAUCACUCUGUAUACCGCCCAGACCCCUAACGGGAUCAAGAUCUCCAUUGCCUUGGAGGAACUGGGACUCCCUUAUAAAGUCGAGAAAAUCGAUAUUAGCAAGAACACGCAGAAGGAACCCUGGUUCCUUGAAAUCAACCCCAACGGCCGCAUCCCCGCAAUCACCGAUACCUUCACAGAUGGACAAACAAUCCGCCUCUUCGAAUCCGGAAGCAUCCUCACCUACCUCGCCGACCAGUACGACAAAGACUACAAGAUCUCAUUUCCCCGCGGCACCCGCGAAUACUACGAAAUGACCAGCUGGCUGUACUUCCAGAACGCCGGGGUCGGGCCCAUGCAGGGCCAGGCAAAUCAUUUCUCGCGCUACGCGCCCGAGCGCAUCGAGUACGGCGUGACCCGCUACGUCAACGAAACGAGGCGUCUCUACUCGGUCCUGGACCAGCAUCUGGCGACGUCGAAGUCCGGGUUCCUGGUCGGCGACCAUGUCUCGAUUGCGGAUAUCUCGCACUGGGGGUGGGUUGCUGCGGCCGGGUGGGCGGGGAUCGACAUUGCCGAGUUCCCGCAUCUGAAGGCUUGGGAGGACCGGCUUGCGGCGCGGGAGGGAGUCGAGAAGGGAAGACAUGUACCGUCGCCGCAUACGAUCAAGGACUUGAUGAAGGAUCAGAAGAAGGUUGACGAGUAUGCGGCGGAGUCUAGGAAGUGGAUUCAGCAGGGGAUGAAGACUGAUGCUAAGUAAGGUGGUGUUUGGUUUGGUUUCUUUGCUGUAAUGUCAGUUUUAUGUCCUAUACCUUUGUUUUUUAGUAUCAAAAAUGGCAUAGAAAUU